AUGGAUAUUGGGCUUGAUGGCGGGGAUAUUGGAGGGUUUGGCGACGAUGGGGGAUUUGAGGAUCAACCACCAAAGAAGUCCAGGACCCUCCCGGAUGACCUGCCAAAGUCUCUAGACGAUAGGAAAAGUGUCCCGUCGCAUUUCACACAGGAAACCGAGAUGUAUGAUGCCUGGCAAGGGCAAUCGCAGUUCUUAACGACUCCUUCCCUUGCGAAACCUCUCCAAUUCAACAGUCUAUCGCUAGAAGACAACGACUACGAUGAUGACCUUACCAACCAAAAGAUUAGCGACAGCGACACGAGACUAAUGGAAAUGCUUGCUGCGCAGGCGGCACACCGAGAUGGAACUGCAAGUGAGGAUGAGAACGCUGUGGCCUCUGAUGAGAAGUUGACGGAACCCGAGAAGAAAGACACACUACAAAAGGCUUUGAAUAUGGCAGCGAGUAACGGCGAUGUUGAGAGAAUACUGAGAAUACUGAACGGGAAAGCUAAGGACUUUGUUGAUAUUGAUGCGCCGGACGAAGAGGGGACAGCCCCUCUAAUAUAUGCUAGUUGCUUUGGCCACGAAGCCGUAGUGACUGCUCUUCUCGAUGCCGGCGCACAUGUGGAUAAUCAAGACCGAAAUCAAUGGAGUGCUCUUAUGUGGGCUAUGACGAACCGACACAAGGGCAUUGCAAAAUCGCUUUUGGAUCAUGGCGCUUCUCCAGAGGUCAAAUCUUCGUCUGGACGGACAGCAUUCGAUUUCGUUGCACCAGAUAGCGAAAUAUCGGGCUAUCUACAUGAUAGCGGGUAUAACAUUGGUAGUGCAGGUGUCACGGAUGAUUUCUACAAUCCAGGAUUUUCUCAGGAUCGCUUUGAGGAGGAAAUGGCUGAGAACGAAAUGAGGAGACGGAUGAUGAUGGAAAGUGCUAGGGACCUGGAAGUAGAUUUGGGAAAUGUUGGAAUCGAUGAUCAACCAGAGUCUCCUGAAGAAUUAGAAGACGAAGGACAGGAGUUCGAUUGGACGAGGUGUCUCCACGACCAGAUGUUCGUUUUCCAAGAGAACGAGCUUGACCGUAUCUUGGACAUUAUUAUUACAAAUAUGACACCGCAGCGAUCCCCAUCACAAAAGCCCGUCCCGGCAAACAUGAUAUUUCUCAGUGCCCGAUACGCUCAUUAUCAUGCGGAUGCUAAUCUGCUCGGCAACCUACUCAUAACGGCCAUGGACAAAAUCAACGACGUUGUAGAAAAGAACCAAUGGGAUAUGACGAUUCUUGCAUUCUGGAUUUCCAACGCCACUUUGCUGUUGCACUACUUGAAAAAAGACGCUGGAUUGUCGGGCUCGACCUCGGACUUUCAGUUACAGCUUGCUGAACUGAUCAAUGAAAUCUUCAUCCUCAUAAUAAGGGACGCGGAGCGGAGAAUGGACAAAGUUUUAGAUUCGGCAAUGUUAGAGCACGAGACCAUACCUGGGUUUGAAGAUAUAGCUUUCCAACAUGAAUGGAAAAUAUUUAAAAGAAAGAACCAGGUGAAGGAAGAGCCUGUCGAAAAAAGGUUCCGGCCUCCUUCGCCAAAAGCAAGGGCCAAACCAUCACCGCGAAACAUCACCUCUCUACUAUCGUCGACUCUAUUCGUUUUGGAUCUGUAUGAUAUACAUUCUGUUAUCACUGCUCAAAUUUUGGCUCAACUGUUAUACUGGCUCGGAGCAGAACUGUUCAAUCGCAUCAUGUCAAAUCGUAAAUAUCUCGCAAGAACUAAGGCUAUGCAGAUACGCAUGAACAUUUCCAGUUUAGAGGAAUGGGCAAGAACCAACAAUCGGCAGCCGGAGCACUAUGAGCAUGGUUCGAUGACAUCAAGUGGGGAAACAACGAUAGAUGCGACACGGAGACAUCUCGCACCACUUAUUCAAUUGCUGCAAUGGCUCCAGUGUUUCUCAUCACUCGGGAACGACGACUUGGAGGCCUUGGUCGGCACGCUUCAACAGCUUACCCGACUCUCAUGGCAGCAGCUUAUUCAUGCUGUGAAGCAUUAUCGACCAGAGGUCGGUGAGAAAGGCCUGCCGAAAAGUGCCAUGAAGUAUCUCAACAGUAUGCAACGAGAGACACAACUUCGUAAGACACAGAAGAAAAAUGCUGCAGUAUCACAAAACACAACCCCUAUUCAGAAGACUGGCAACAGCCAGCCGCCGAACCCUUCCGAUGCGAAUGGGAAGCCGACGAAGGAUCCGGCCCAUGACGAAAAUUCACCCGAUGAUGAAUACGACGCACCAGAAAAUCUGCUUUUGGACCCCGCUCUGAUGCUCCCAUUCUCUCUUCCUACGAGUACGGAUAUGCUCAUCAGCUAUGGUGCUGGAUUUGGCGGGGUCAACCGGGAACGUGAGCGAAAAUACAUACCCACUAUCCCUCCUGAGUUCCUGGCGAAACUAGAUUUAAGUGGCGGCCGUGCACAUAGUACGUUUGAAGAGCGCGAUUGGGACAAUGAGGACGAAUGA